CCGUGAAGUGCGACCGGCAAUGUUAGUUUGCUGUAGAGUCCCGCGUGCGCUGUACGCAUGCGCCGCGCCGUGACGUCACAACGUGUAAAAUUGUUUCCAAACAUCGUGGAUUGAUGACAGAUAGCAAUGCAUAAGUAACACUCUUACUAUGGAAAAGACGGGCGCACCGCGGGCCCUCGGCCGAGCGCAUCUCUCGCACCUGCCUCAACGUCCACACGUUAACCUGACCUUCCAGGACCUCACCUAUACAGUACAGGCGGGAAAAAGUUCGAAGAUAAUUUUAAGGAGUAUUAACGGUGAAUUCCGUUCGGGACAAUUGACGGCCAUUCUGGGACCAUCGGGAGCUGGGAAGAGCAGUUUGUUGAACAUUCUCGCUGGAUAUAGGGUAACAGGAGCCUCAGGACUCAUAGCGACAAAUGGACUUCCACGCGACCUGCGACAGUUCAGGAAGAUGUCCAGGUAUAUCAUGCAAGAGGACCUCCUGCAGCCAUUCAUCACGGUCCAGGAGGCCAUGACGAUAGCCGCUGAGCUGAAGUUGGGCAGCGGUCUGUCGACAGCUACUAAGGCCAUAGUGGUGGAUGAGAUAGUCCAACUCCUAAGGUUAACCAAGGCUAGGCAUACGGCAACUGAGAGACUAUCAGGAGGAGAGAAGAAACGGUUAUCCGUUGCUCUAGAGUUACUUAACAACCCACCACUUAUAUUCUUGGACGAGCCAACUACUGGACUAGAUGACGUAUCAUCGUCGACCUGCGUAUCCUUGCUCAAGCGGGUGGCCAGGGGUGGCCGUACCGUCAUCUGCUCCUUGCACACGCCGUCAGCUCGGCUGUUCGCAGAGUUUGACCAUGUGUACGUACUGGCUGAAGGAAGAUGCGCGUAUCAAGGAACAUCGGCUGGUGUGGUGCCAUUCCUAAAUGAACUUCAACUGCCUUGCCCUAAGACUUAUAAUCCUGCUGAUUUUAUAAUUGAAGUAUCGAGCGGCGAGUACGGACCGCAUACUGAGAGAAUGGUGGCUGCCAUAGAAAAUGGAAGGUAUCACGGCUGGAGAGAGUAUGCCGUCGAGGACACCUUCCAAGAAAUGGAGAUUGAGCAGCUGAACGCGGGCGGAGUGGAGAAUUACAACCUCAAACACGGCAGCACGCCGUGCCAGCAGUUCAGCGUGCUUCUUAAACGGAUGCUGCUGCAGACUGUGCGGAAUAGGAACUAUCUAUGGCUUCGAGUAUGUCUUCAUCUGUUUCUGGGAGGUAUAAUCGGCUUACUCUUCAACCAGAUGGGCUACGAUGCCUCCAAAACCAUCUUUAACUUCGGUUUCUGCUACGCCUGUGUCAUCGCCAUGCUUUACAUUCCUAUGAUGCCAGUGUUAUUAGCAUUUCCAAACGAAGUCCAGCUAGUGAAACGAGAAUACUUCAACCGUUGGUACGGACUGAAACCGUACUACGCCGCGCUAGUUAUCUCGAGGACGCCCGCCACCAUCUUCUUCAGUCUCAUUUACCUGGUCAUCACGUAUCCGCUGACGUCACAACCGAUGGAGAUUCCCAGGAUAAUGAUGUUCACUGCCAUUUGUAUUCUAGUGGCCUUGAUAUCAGAGUCUAUGGGCACUGUCAUAUCGUCCAUGUUGAGUGUUGUGAAUUCCGUGUUCCUGGGGCCGGCUUUGAGUGUCCCGCUCAUGUUACUCGCAGUAUACGGCAUCGGAAGUGGAGAUAAUCCCUUGCCCAUAGUGUGGAGGUUGGCUAGGGCCUGCUCCUUCCUUCGAUACGGGAUUGAGGGUCUGGUCGCCGCGAUAUACGGCCCUCCGAGAGACGACCUUAUCUGUCCCGAUCAUGUGGAUUAUUGCGAGUAUAAGAAUGUAGCUUAUUUUGUCCACCUCAUGGGCAUGUCUGGAGUAUCAUUCUGGGCUGACUUCGGAGUGCUGAUGGGGAUGCUGUUAGCCAUGAAUUUAGCUGGAUACUACCUUCUGAGGCAAAGACUGUCCCCCAACUACGCCUUUAGGGCCAUCAAGGUCAUUGGGAACUUCAUCAAGACCAAAAUGAGCUCUGUACAUUGAUGUAGUAAAAGUACCUUUUGUAUGUAUGUUUUAUAUUGUGAUUGUAGUUUAUUGUUUAUUUUAGCGCCAUCUGUGUGGUUACAUGUAGUUUAAUUUGAAUUUGAAAUACGUUGAAUUUCUCGAGUGCACUCCAUAGAUGACUAUGACCUUAUUUAUGCAUUUAUGCCAUCAGAUAGUUUAAAAUUUUGUCUAAAAUUUAAUAUUUAUAAAAUAUGUAAUUAUUUGUCGGAUAAUGCGAAUAGCGAUGUUAAUAAAAUAUUAUGUUUAAUAAUUACUCAUAUGAGCAACACACAUCGAUUGACCUUAUUAUGGUAUGAACUACUUUAUUUCUUUUUUUUAUGAUACCUUUUUGGUUUAAAUAAUAUAUAUUUUUUUUUGUUUCGCCGACUAAGAUAAUAUGUUUCUGACUAAAAAUAAUCUAUUUAAUAGACGAAAACUUUUUUUUUAUUAUAAGUAAUUAUUUGCUUUGUAUAUGAGUGAGGUAAAUAAAAAAAAACAUCGUUUCACUUGAGUAAAGCGCCACUAUUAAUUUGUAGUCUAAUAAAGCCCAGUAAUAGCACUAACUGAUUAUACAUUAUAUAAUGCUUGAUAACAGAAAUAAACAAAGCGAUACCUACAGAGGAACUUGCAUUCUAGUGCUAUACUUACAUAUUAUUUAGAUUUAGGCCGUUAAGAUUUGUAAACCCCUAUUUCGAUUUAUCCUAAGGUUAUUGACCAAAGGUUUAUAUUUGGUUCCAGUGUGAUAUAAUGUAGCAUAUUAGAUUUAAAGGGUCAUUUGGAUAGAUUUAGCUUUUUAUAAUAGAUUUUAGUUGUAAAUAUCAUUUCGCGGGGCGAGGAUAUUGUUUAAGACUGAAAAGUGAUGGAAAAGACGAAUGGGAUUGUCGAUUUAGGGUUAAUUUUUCAUUGUAAAAGGAAUAAAUACUGCUGCUAUAAGGAAAAAAAGAUUUUUCUACAUUAAUUUUAUACAAAUAAAAUAAGUUGAUACGUGUUUUUUUUACUGAUUACGAAUAUUUUGUUUUAUAUGUUAGAUAAGUCUUUUUUCUUAUAACGGCAGUGUUGCCACAAUAUAAACUACUACUAAAUUGUAACGGUUGUCUCAUGAAGAAAGUGACAGUGAAAAAUAUGAUGUUCUAUAUUGCUUUAAAUAACUACGCUAUAAGUAAAUUCAAGUUUGACGAAAAGUUUUAAUGAAUAAUUGAUGUAUAAGCUACUUUAAUUUGCCUUUUAUAUGUGAGGAAUGUUUUGUGUUAAUAAACAGAAAUCGGACCUAGCUUUUUUGUUUCGUAAGACUAAGAUUUGAGAAUAUUUAUAUUUUGCAUAAAAUCGUAAUUGCAAAUGUAAUCCUGGAAUAGUUCUUAUUAUUUUUUAAUUUAAUUGACUUCUAUUCACGGGUCACUUUUGACCCAAACCUGUGAUUUUUAACUAUUCAAAAACUACGAACAUUUAAAUCAGACCCGUAGUUUGCCUAAAAUUUUGAAAACAAUUUGCAAUUUAAUUUUUAAAAGCUAACAAAUACAUUGUUCUGUUAGAUUGUUAGGUUGUGGGUGACAAAAUAAACUGUUGUUUCAUCAAA